GUGAGAAGUGAAAAUGUUACAGACGAGCCGCUCCAAGUUCCGCUCAAAAACAUCUGUGGGUUUUGACAGAAAAGCAAUCCAAUAGUGACGUGGAAGUUGACGUUGAAGACCGGUCUAUUUUAACAUAAAAUUUGCUAUUUAAAAUGAUGGGAAUGAAACGUGAUAAAAAAGAUGAAGAAGACGCGAGUGGAGGCAAUCCAUUUCACAAUGUAGAGAAAACUGCUGUUCUUCAAGAAGCUAGAAUCUUUAAUGAAACACCAGUAAAGGCACGAAGAUGUACUCAUGUUUUGACCAAGAUCCUUUAUCUUAUUAAUCAGGGUGAAGUCCUUGGAACAACUGAAGCUACUGAGGCCUUCUUUGCCAUGACCAAGCUUUUCCAAUGCAAAGAUGUUGUUUUGCGUCGGAUGGUGUAUCUUGGCAUCAAGGAGCUGGCAACUAUUGCUGCAGAUGUUAUUAUUGUCACUUCUAGUUUGACCAAAGAUAUGACAGGAAAAGAAGAUACUUAUCGUGCACCAGCGAUUCGUGCUUUAACAGCCAUUACUGAUAACACAUCAUUGCAAGCCAUUGAACGAUACAUGAAACAAGCAAUUGUUGAUAAAUCUCCUGCUGUGAGCAGUGCAGCGCUAGUGAGCAGUCUGCACCUGUUCAAAACAGCACCUGAUGUCGUUAAGCGCUGGGUGAAUGAAGCACAAGAAGCACUGAAUUCUGACAAUGUUAUGGUUCAGUACCAUGGAUUGGGUCUACUCUAUCAAAUCCGUAAGACCGAUCGCUUAGGUGUUACGAAACUAGUGGCUAAGCUUACAAAAAUGCCGCUCAAGUCACCUUAUGCAGCUUGCCAUUUGAUCCGUAUGGUUUGUAAACUUAUUGAAGAAGAAGAAAGUGCUGGUGGAGAGGUGACAUCGCUAAUGGAUUACCUUGAAUCGUGUCUUCGCCACAAGUCUGAAAUGGUGAUCUACGAGGCCGCUCACGCGAUUGUAAACCUUCGUCGAACUGGACCUCGCGAAUUGGCUCCUGCUAUCGCCGUGUUGCAGCUUUUCUGCUCCUCACCUAAGCCUGCCUUACGCUUUGCUGCCGUUCGGACCCUAUCAAACGUGGCAAUGACGCACCCUGCUGCUGUGACUGCUUGCAAUUUGGAUUUGGAGAAUCUUAUUACGGAUUCAAAUCGUUCAAUUGCCACUCUCGCCAUCACAACUUUGUUGAAGACUGGAGGAGAAGCCUCGGUUGAUCGGCUCAUGAAGCAGAUUGCCUCUUUUGUCUCAGAAAUCUCAGAUGAAUUUAAGGUGGUGGUCGUUGAAGCUAUUCGAUCGCUGGGAUUGAAAUAUCCGCGCAAGCACAGUACACUGAUGAGCUUCCUGUCAGGAAUGCUUCGUGAUGAGGGUGGACUUGAGUACAAAGCUUCAAUUGCUGACACUAUCAUUGCUAUCGUAGAAGACAAUCCGGAUGCCAAGGAGGCUGGAUUGACCCAUUUGUGCGAAUUCAUCGAAGAUUGCGAGCACACAAGUCUAGCCGUACGCAUUCUACACUUACUUGGUCGAGAAGGUCCACGCACUAAACAGCCUUCGAAAUAUAUUCGAUUCAUCUACAAUCGCGUCAUCCUGGAAAAUGCUGCUGUUCGAGCAGCUGCUGUGUCAGCUCUGUCACAUUUUGGUGCGACUUGCGAAGAUCUGUUGCCUAACAUUUUAGUACUACUUCAACGAAGCCAAAUGGACACCGAUGAUGAAGUGCGCGAUCGAGCUACUUACUUCUAUUCUGUCCUUUCCCGUAAACAAGCGGCUCUUAACAGCCAGUAUAUUUUGGAAGGACUUCAGGCCUCUCUUGUAACACUUGAAAAAGCUUUGUUGAACUAUGUUCAUCAACCAACUGAUGCACCAUUUGACCUCAAAUCGGUCCCGCUUGCACCGGUUGUCGAAGAACGACUUGUAGCUCCUACUGGACAAAUGGAUGGCGCAGGUUCGCGUGCGGCUCCGGCUAGUGUCACGGCUCCGACGGCUACCCGUCUUCCAGCAACUGCCACUCGUCAAGAUGUUUACAUUGAGAAGCUUAGCGCCAUUCCCCAAUUUGCUUCUUUCGGUCCAUUGUUUAAGAGCUCUGCUCCUGCUGAAUUGACUGAGUCUGAAACCGAGUAUGUGGUGCGCUGCGUGAAGCAUACUUAUGCUCAACAUAUGGUUUUGCAGUUUGACUGCACAAACACUCUGAGUGAUCAGCUGCUGGAAAACGUGAAUGUCGCUGUUGAGGCACCGGAAGGAUUUGAUAUUCUCUUAUCCAUUCCGUGUCAAAAAUUGGAGUACAGUGUCUUGGGAACUUGCUACGUUGCUUUAUCUCUUCCAGAAUCAGUGCUCUCCAGUACAGGAACUUGUAGUGCCACGCUAAAAUUUACCGUCAAGGAUUGUGACCCGACUACGGGUCUACCUGAUUCAGAUGACGGCUAUGAGGAUGACUAUGUGCUUGAAGAUGUUGAGAUAGGAGUAUCCGACCAUAUUCAACGAUCGGCUAAAGCCUCAUUUGGCACUGCAUGGGAGGAGAUGGGUUCUAUGAACGAGUUGCAAGAAACCUUUUCGUUACCUGCUAUUCGUACCCUGGAUGAAGCAGUUCGUAACAUCAUAUCUUUCCUUGGCUUGCAGCCUUGUGAAUGGUCGGACAAAGUACCAGAAGGGAAAAGUGCCCAUUCCCUCCUACUUUCAGGAGUUUUUCGGGGUGGAUACGAAGUAUUGGUGAGAUCCAAAUUGGCCCUUUCACCUGAAGGAGGGGUUACCAUGCAGUUGUCUGUUCGUUCUGGCGACGCAGAAGUUUCUGAGUUGGUCGCUUCCGCUGUUGGUUAAUUAAUAUUUCCCCUUUUUGGGCAUUUAUACGUUAUCCGUUUGUUCCACUAUUAUGUACGGAAUAAAUUGGUCAAUAAAAUACAAUUUAGCAUAAAACGAA